AUGGUGUAUGGGGGAAAACCGAGCACCGGAUGCUAUCUUUGCCGGAAGCGGAAAAUCAAGUGCGAUGAAGCAUUCCCCGAAUGCCAAAACUGCAUUGUAUAUGGGCGCGCUUGUCCAGGCUAUCGAGAGGAUACGAUCUUUAGGAAUGAGACACAUAAAGUGGAGCGACUUAUGAAAAGGGAUAGCCGCUCUCCCGUUGGCAGUGGGCGGAGAGGACGGAGUAUCUCCGUUAGCAAGGAUGCGCAGGGAUCAUUGCCAUUAGUUUACCAGGUUGCUGAUUCAAACUGGGAGGAACGGGCCCUAUGCUUUUUCUUUGAUCAGUACACGACCCUGGAGCAGCCUGAAAUGUGUGUUAACCAUCUGAGUUUUCUCCCAUCGUUAUAUGCAAAGUGUCGCGACAUUGGGAACGACAGUUCCACAGCUUCUUGUCUCCGGCAGGCAGUCGAUGCAACGGCUCUUGUUGCGCUAGGCAAUGAGGUAAAGGCACCGCCGCUUAUUGUCAAGGCAAGAGACCUUUACGGUAUGGCGCUUCGGGGGCUUCGAAAUGCCUUAGCUUCAAAAACGCUGGCAGUAAAGGAUGAAACUUUUGCGACAGUGGUCUUAUUGUGCUUAUUUGAAGAUAUCACCGGUGAACGAAAUAGUCUUACCAGCUCACAUACCCAGGGAUUUGGACUACUCAUGAAGUUGAGAGGUGAAGGUCAACUAGACAGUGCACAAGGUCGAGAUUUGUUUAAUUUUGCAUAUGCUCAUACUCUCAUUGAGAUAUUAGCCUUGCGAGAAAGGCCUCGGUAUGAGACUGAUUGGAUCGUUCACCAUCUGGACGGCUCCGAUCCGGUAUUUGGGUUACUAGUGUUUGCCUCGAAGCUCAGUCGGUUGUUUCUCGAGACCGCUUCUUACCAGGAAUUACCCGAUGUGGACAAAAUUGUUUCAUGGAUUGAGACUGCGAAGAUCAUGGAUUUGGAACUAGCUGGAUGGGCUCAGCACCUGCCGGAUAGCUGGUUACCUCUUGUUGUCCAAUCAACAACCGGGAUGUCCUUAUUGACGUAUCAACGGAUAGCCUUCGCAACAAUCUGGAAAUAUUACCGUGCAGUGCGAAUUAUUGUCCAGAGACUCACCCUUGAGCUCAAUCGUAAACUGGCCUCGGUCGCUGGCGACAGUGGACUGGACGAUGAAAUCUUUCAGAGAAACGCCGAGGCUAUGGAUGUGAUCGAAAACAUGAUCACAGAUACCUGUCGAAGCAUCCCUUACGCGUUCGGGGAUAUCGACAUGCUUGGUAGCCCGCCUCCGUCCUCUGAGCCUCGGAUGCGAGCUAUUUACGGGUACACUAUGCUGUGGCCUUUGUGGUAUAUUUACUCUUGUGGGCUAGCUACCCCUGCACAAACGGAGCAAAUGCGAAGCGCCCUCGCCCGGGUAGGCUCUGCACUGGGAAUCAAGUUGGGACUCGUGUUAGCAGGCGACGGCGAAUAUCAGAAUAUUGUCCCGGGUCAUCCCGGAUUUAUGAACACCGAUGGGAGAUUUUCCAACUAA